UGUUGUAUGUUCCUUAUUAAAGUGCAAGAAGUAAAAUGGAAAACAAGCAACCAAGUCCAUAGCUCAAGUACACACUCCACUGCACUCGUUCUCCUCAUACGUUUCUCAAGGUACUUUGCAGUAGACACACACAGACUCUGACAAUUCACAUAGGAACAAGAGCCUUCAAACUUUGGGGUUAAAUUAGAAGGGCACACAAAAAAGGACUUAAGAUUUGCCUUUUAGACAGGAUAUAUAUCAACUACAUGAGUGUGGGAAGUCCCUAACCUAUCUCUCAAUCAAAGGAAGCUCAUCCCAUGAAGCGCGGUCGAGGUCAUUUACGCACUUGGUGACUUGCAUUUGAUUUUGUGUUCAGUGCUCGAAGCCUAGUAGCCAGUAGUGCAGGUGUUCUUAUCAGAGUUGUACAAAUGUUCGGCAGAAAAGUAUUUCUAACCUACAAAAGGAAGCGACAAUCUCAAAGUAGUAGUUUUAUCCAAGGUAAUUGCUGCCAAACUUCAGUUUGUGAAGAGGCCUGCGAUUGUUCUUUAUCUACACCAGUUAAACAUGACAAGCUAACUGCUGAGAAGGCAUCAGAAAAGGAUGAAGAAAAACCAAUGGAUACCAGUGACGGGGAAAAUCCGUGCUUUGAAUGUGCCAAACAGCCAGACUGUUCAUCAUCAUUUACCAUUCAAAAGCCUGAUGACCUUAGGGCAGGGGAGCGUGGAAUUAGUGACGCUACAGAAAGUAUAGUUUCUAAACAGAAAUCUCUUGCAACAAGAAUUCCAUGCGAGGAUAACUCGAAAAAGGAUUUUGGUGAAUCACCCCCAGUAGAAAAGGCACAGAAUGGUUGUGACACUCAAAGAAAUUCUCAUGCCAGUGAAAGCUCUGGUAAUGAAUUUGACAAUUGUUCUAAUAAAACAAUUAUUUCCCCGCCAGUUGAAAUGGAUGCUGGGAAUGAUCUCAAUUUUAUCAACUCAGAAACACCCAUUGCAAGGGAAUUCCAUUCUGCACGUAGUGAUGAGUCUCCUGCUUUGAAUAUUCCAAUGGAAGAUAAUUCACCCUCCAAAGAUAAUUUCAGGAACCCAUCUGGACAAAUAGUAACGCAGACCAACUUGACCAGUCCAUUAAUAACCUUCUAUCGACGCUAUAAAAGAAAAGAAUGUAUGGAUGGGACUGAUAGGAAAAGCAAGUUGCUCAAGAAGGAAAAUAUUUCAGUGCUGACCAAGUGGAGCAAGCUUGCAAAUGCAAAUGGUAAUUUCUCUUCUUGCGAGGAAUCAUCGUGUGAUGAAUGUCCUGUGGAUAAGGUACCGGACCUUAACCAAUCAGUGGAGCUUUCAGAAAGAGGGAAGCCAUCAGAUCAAACUGAAGAUGAAACAUCUUAUAGAAACUGUUCAAUGCUUUCUGUAACAGACCUUAAUCAAUCAGCAGAGCUUUCAAAAAGAGGAGAGAUUUAUCAAACUCAAGAACAGGUGGUUAAUGCUGACACCUCAUGUACUUGUGGAGUUGUUUCUGAAACCUGUAUGACACAGGUGAAAGAGGAACUGCAUCAUGGGGAAGACAUAGUUCAAACUGUCUCUCAUACAUCUGGAACAGAAGUUCCGAGCCAGAGUUGCCUGAUUCACGAGGAAACCCAACAUCUUCGUACGGAUUGUCAAGGAGUCUCUAUCAAUACGGAUUGUACUCCUGCUGCCACAAUUGCUGAUCAGGAGCUAGAGAAGUCCCAGCCCUCUGUAAGAGAGGCUGGUUAUAAUGAUACGCAUAAUGGCUUGAAUAAAAGUGGGGAACCCCAACCCAAAUUUGACCUGGCUGUUAACUCUGCAGAAGAGCGCACUGUUGAUUUGAACUCGGUGGCUGACAAGCAUCCUCUUGAUUUGAGGAUAAGAACUGUUGGAGCUAAAUUGGACUCUGCAAGCAGUAGAUCUGCCAUUGCCGAAGAUCAUGUUUCUCAUCCGGAAUUUUUGGACUCUAGAGAUACACAGCUGGUUUCAGAAGGAAAGGCUAUUGAUGGUGUUUGCUCAAGUAUUACUCAACCACAGUUAUCUGGUUUCAUGAUGCCUGGUGAAAGUGUGAAUGUUCAACAAACAAAAACUAAUAAGCCAAGACGCGUGCCAAUGAUUUCUCUUUCUUUGGGUUUGUCUUUACCCAUGGAGCUGAGCACCGGAGGCUGUGACUCCACUAAUUAUUUGUCUCUAUUGCCUUUGUCAAAUUCGAUCACUGAUACUAGAGAUUUUGUCCAAGAUGGAUUAUAUCAUUCUUCAACAAACCGGAAACCAUUGCUUCCCAGGCACAAGGUAGUUCUUGACAAAAUUGUAAACAGAGCAAGAGCUUUAAAUGAGAGAGGCAGCUUUCAAGAAAAUUUAAAACGGAACCCUUUUAUAUGGUCUGAAGAGGAGUUGGAUUUUCUCUGGAUUGGUGUGAGAAGACAUGGUAGGGGAAAUUGGGUUGCUAUGUUAAGGGACCCAAGAUUGCGGUUUUCACCAUUAAGGGCACCAUGGGAUCUUGCGGAACGGUGGGAGGAUGAACAAAUAAAACUUUUGAAAGACACUUGUGUUCCACAACACAUGUAUCCAAAUGUAGAAAGGCCAACAGCGGCAUCUUUGCAAGGAAACUUUUGCUUCCGGCAUCUGGAAUUAGGAUCAUGGAGACAAAAUACAAUGGAGGAGACUAAGCUGUCACCUGAAGAUGUAAUUUCUUAUAGGGAGAGCAACCUCUUGAGGCAAUCUCUUGCUGGUUUAAAUUAUCAAAACGACACUGCGUUACACAGUCUUAGGCCAACUAUUCAUUCCAGGAGGGCCUCUUACAACAAUAACAUAGAAUGGGGAUUUUUCAAUUCACCCGGAAGCUCGAGUCUUUCCAUGGAAAAUUCUUAUGCAAAUGAUUAUCCCUUUAACUUCUCAACUGCAAAGACUAAUUUGCCCCACUGGCUCAGGGAAGCAGUUACUACUCCUCCAAUGUCAGUUGAGCCAAAUCUGUCUGCAACUGUUUCAUUGAGUUCUCAUCCACAUCCAGAGAUGCUGGGUGCUGCAGAGCGUUGCUAUCAUGCUGAUAGGUCAUGCUUUCUGCCUCAAAUUCGGUUAAGUGGCUCGAGGACGAAUGAGCAAUUCUCUAGAACAUCAAAUGGUUCUCCUCACUAUUCAACAUAUUCAAGAAGAAAAUAUGGGAUGAUGAAAAUGAACAAGCCUCUGCAACAACAUCAUGUCAGCAAACCAGAUGACAUGAUCAUCAUCGAUAGUGACACGUCUUCUGAAAAGACCAUAUCUGAUGAUAACCGUUCGAGUUUGUAGAUCUGAAGAAUGUUGGAUAACCCUGUGUACCAGUAAAAAGGUUGAGCUGUAGAAAGGUUGUAGGUGAAUGUUGCAUGGUGUUGUGGAUUAGUAGAUUGUAAACCUAGUAGAUGAUAUGACCCUUCUGCUAAAUGAAUGCUGAUUUUUCAUUUCAA